AUGUCUAGAGGAGGUCGAGGUGGUGGGCGUGGUGGACGCGGCGGCGGAAGAGGUGGAAGGCCUAAUGUGCCGUGGGAUACAGGUGAUGAACCUGAUGCGCGACCCUCUGAGCUAUUCCCCCCAUACCUCGUCCCAACCCCCCGAGAACUAGCCUCGCACGAGAAAUCCGCCGUACAACAUCUCCUACUUCUAAGGCACCAGAUUCACUCCUCUCCUCUAUACACAUCCAAGCGUACAGCUCUCCACGAUCCGACAGCACCUCGGAAGCACUAUGGCCAAGCACAGAAGAAUGCUGUCUUUGGGAUUAAGAGCAAGGCUUCUGUAGACCCUUUCACCGCUGUACCCACCUACUCCCACAAGUUCGCCCGUGAGGAGCGCGCUCUUCCGGAUUGGUCUAAUCGCCCAGUUUGCCGCGAGCUUUUCCCUAGCGAACUAUACGAAACCAUCGAUGCUGCAACCACCAACAGGGCCGACAUGCCUGGUGGCUACAAGCGCCGGAAGCUCGAGCUCUCUAGCGUUAGUGCGCUACCAAGCGCAGAGGAAGCUUUCGGUAUGGCAGGCGAUGUUGAAGAUGAGAUGCAGGGCCGAAAUCUCCUCGAGCGUCUGCAAGCUCUGAAGGAAGAAGAUGGCGAUGAGGCCGGCGACCUAGAAGACGAGGAAGGCAUGGAAGAGGAAGAGCAGGAUGAAGUUUACGAUGAUGAGGACGCGGGAGACUACGAUGCCGAAAACUACUUUGAGAAUGGCGACGAAUUCGGCGAUGACUACGGCGAUGAUGGCGAUGGAGAAGGGACCUUCUAG